AUGCGCUGUGUUACCAUGCUUUCUGGCGAUCCAUUUGCUGCUGUUUUCCGCACCUGUGUUGUUCCGCCCCCCUUACCUCCCCAGGUGCGCGAGGUGGAGGCGCAGCUGCGGGCGGAGGGCGUGGGGCGCGCGGUCCUGGCGGACGUUGUGCGGCGCGUGCAGGAGCAGGAGCGGGAGAAGCUGCACCUGUCACCUGCUCUAGUGGGCAGGCCCAUCCCAGAGGCCUCUCCGCCAGAGCAUGCAGCCCCGGGCCAGGGGUUGCCAGGCAUGCCCGCGCCCCUCCAGGGGAUCCCGCCUGAAGCCGCUGCUGCCGCCUUCACUGCUACACGUAGGGCAGGCGGGUGCGGGUGCGGCCACAGCAGUAGCAGCAGCACCAGCAACGCUGCUGGUGGUGGCACGGGCAGUGGAGCGGUGGGGCAUGGGGAAGAGGACGGGGAGGGCGAGUGGGAGGAGCAGUGCGCGGUGGCGCGCCUGGAUGCGGAGUAUGACGCAGCGGUGGCGCAGGUGAGGCAGGCCCUGGCGCGCAUAGUGGGGGACAUCAAUGAGGCGCUGGAGGAGGUGCGGUAUGAGGUGGCGGAGCUGGAGGGGGAAGCUGACGCGGAGGAUGCUGCUUAG